AUGGUCCAAGCACCUGAGGAAGCACGUAGCUAUAUCCGCACAGAUAAUCAACCGUAUGACAACGACCUUCGGCUGAUUAUUGUCGACGAAGAUGCGAAGUCUGAAGAUUUCCAGACGGUGGAAGAAGACGAGGAAGACGAAUUUCUAGCCGAAGAAAAGAAGUCUGAUGAGGAUGAUGAAGAUGAUUCUUCUUCCGAUGACUCCUUGAGCGAUGCUUCCUUAGAGCCUCCUCCCGAGAAGCCCAAGAAGAUAAUUAGUAGGGCCAUCCCAAGUCUUUAUGCAGCGAAGGUAAAGGCACCACUUGCUGAGUCUUUAAACCCCGAAAACCAGCUGGAGAAACCAGAGUCUCCUAAGCUGGUAACGCAGGUUGGAAACUUUGCGCACGAUGCUACAUUUCCAGCCUCUUGUCAACCCUAUUUAGCUGUACACGAUCCGUGCCACUUAAUCCGAGAAUCCCCGUCAAGAUACUACAUACUUACUCAUUUACAACAUUGGAUCAUCCUUAGUGACCCUUCGUCCGCGGAAGAAGAGUUAGAGAAAGCAGAAACCUCUCUUAAUGAUCCUAAAGCUGUCAAGGAGCGCAACCUUGCCAGACGGCAGAAAGAUAACAGCAGGAGGCGGGAAGCUGAAGAGAAGGAGAAACAAAAUCGAGACCUCCAGAUGAAACCACAAGCUGAAAAUUCGGCGCCCAUCAAGGCUGCUCCUUUGUCACGACUACAACAUGGCGGAACCUCCAUUUCCAACGGGGCACAAACAGAGACUAGCAAAAAACCGCGUCAAAUUCGCGCUUCUAUUCACGAGACCAAGGGGGCUGUUCAGAAAAACAAAGUUAAGGCCUCAAAGUCCUACUCCGCAAUGACACAGUCGUCACCUCUUCAAAGACCGUGCAUGUGGCAUUUUUGGGAGGCCGCUGUCGCAAUGUAG